AACGUCUUCGUGUUGGACUUAAAAAAAAUGUUAUAAAAAUUGUGUAGACAAAUUGCAGUCGCCUGGUAGAAUAUUUUUAAAAAUAUUUGGCAUACAUAUACUUUAAUAUAUUCCAGUACGUUGAUUUUUCGAUUUUUAUUUUUAGGUUGAUCAAGCUUCGAUUAUUUCUGCAAGUUUCGUCCUCUGCCUCACCCUCUCUGCAGACAUGGGUCUAUUGGUUUUAAACAGCUGGUAUCUUCCAAUACAUUUCUUUUUCAUUCUCUCUGUUUUUGUAUUAGUAAAGUUUUGUUUGUAUUUAGGUCUCAAGUUUUCAUUGUAUAUUGCUUGUUGUUGGGGCAAAGUCAAUCCUGAUAAUCCCCAAAACUUAGCUUCUCCUGACUCUUGUCUUGUGUUUUACAUUCAAACUACUGGAAUUUUAAGUUGAAUAACCCCAUUUGAUUAAAACUUUAUGGUUAUAAUCUUGCUCUAACCCGAUGGAUGAUCAUAUUUUUCUGUCUUACAGUAACAAUGUUCAGAGGACACUUCCACCAAAGAACAGGAAACAUCCUGAAUAUGAGAGCAAGGGAUUUCAGUAUCGAGAGCUUGUCCCAGAGACUAUUGGGAGUGACAAUCUCAGAGAAGCUGUGAAACUACCUCCUGGUGUAGACAUUAACGAGUGGUUGGCCAUGAACACUGUAGAUUUCUACAAACAAAUAAGCCUUUUGUAUGCUACUCUUGAAGAGUUCUGCACACCCACCACUUGCCCAGUUAUGAAUGUUGGAAGAUAUGAGUAUAGAUGGGCAGAUGGAAUAACUGUAAUUGAGCCUAAAAUGGUUUCAGCCCCUGAAUAUGUUGAGUGUCUCAUGAAUUGGAUUGAAACUCAGAUCGAUAACGAAAUCAUCUUUCCGAAAAAUCCUGGAGAACCAUUCCCUUCAAACUUUGAGGAUUUCGUGAAGCGGAUUUUGAGAAAGAUGUUUCGUGUCUAUGCACACAUCUAUUAUUCUCACUUUAUUAAGAUUGUGACUCUCAAUGAACAUGCUCAUCUCAACACUUGCUUCAAGCAUUUUCUUCUCUUUGUAUCUGAGUUCCAGUUGGUUGAUAAAGAAGAGAUGGCUCCUAUUAAAGAUCUCGUGGAAACUGUUUUGAAACCAUAGAAGACUCUUCAUGUUUUCAGGGGGAAAAGGGAUUGUCAUAUAUCCACCAAUAACACCUUAAGAAGUUUAUGAUUUAUGUAAUAAUGAC